AGUACUGAAGCUGCCCUCUCCCGGGGGAGAGCAGAGGAGCCUUAAUAAAUCUCUAAGCCGAGGAGGAAACUCUGGCUGGGGCAGUGCGCCGAGCUCCGGCUGCUCCUUGGGGUGCGGCGGCCGAGCGGCGGCGCCGGCGGCGGCAGGAGCAACACAGCGGGCAAAAUACAAAGAGGCCACGACAGAAGGGAGCCCUCGCCCACUCGCGUAAACACAGCCCCGUUCACCGUCGCCUCCCCCUCGCACCGCGCGGUGCUGCCGGGUGCCCGAGGCCGCUCGGACUGUUCUGUGCUGUGAGAAUGCGGAAGGAAGGCUACCGGGGACCAGACGGUCUCCUGUGCGAGUCCCUGAGGGCCAAGUUUCUGGCCACUUUUGCACGCGCCCUCCGUUAGCCCUCGCCCGCCCCUUCCAGCCGCCCAGCUGUUGUUCGCCGCCUCGUGUGCCAGCAGCCCCGGUUCCCAGCCACCAUGGUGACGGUGGAGGAGCUGCGGGAGAUGGACUGCAGCGUGCUCAAAAGGCUGAUGAACCGGGACGAGAACGGCGGCGGCGCCCUGGGGCUGCUGAGCGGCGGCAAGUGCCUGCUGCUGGACUGCAGACCGUUCCUGGCGCACAGCGCGGGCUACAUCCGAGGCUCGGUCAACGUGCGCUGCAACACCAUCGUGCGUCGGCGGGCCAAAGGCUCCGUGAGCCUGGAGCAGAUCCUGCCCGCCGAGGAGGAGGUGCGCUCCCGCCUGCGAUCCGGCCUCUAUUCGGCAGUCAUCGUCUACGACGAGCGCAGCCCGCGCGCCGAGAGCCUCCGCGAGGACAGCACGGUGUCGCUGGUCGUGCAGGCGCUGCGCCGAAACGCCGAGCGCACCGACAUCUGCCUGCUCAAAGGUGGCUAUGAGAGGUUUUCCUCCGAGUAUCCAGAAUUCUGUUCCAAAACCAAGGCCCUGGCAGCCAUCCCGCCCGCAGUGCCCCCCAGCACGGCAGAGUCCUUGGACCUGGGCUGCAGCUCCUGUGGAACCCCACUGCACGACCAGGGGGGUCCGGUGGAGAUCCUCCCCUUCCUCUACCUCGGCAGUGCCUAUCAUGCUGCCCGGAGGGACAUGCUGGACGCGCUGGGGAUCACGGCCCUGUUGAACGUCUCCUCUGACUGCCCGAACCACUUCGAAGGACACUAUCAGUACAAGUGCAUCCCCGUGGAGGACAACCACAAGGCCGACAUCAGCUCCUGGUUCAUGGAAGCCAUCGAGUACAUCGACGCCGUGAAGGAGUGCCGCGGCCGCGUGCUGGUGCACUGCCAGGCGGGCAUCUCGCGCUCGGCCACCAUCUGCCUGGCCUACCUGAUGAUGAAGAAGCGCGUGAGGCUGGAGGAGGCCUUCGAGUUCGUCAAGCAGCGGCGCAGCAUCAUCUCGCCCAACUUCAGCUUCAUGGGGCAGCUGCUGCAGUUCGAGUCGCAGGUGCUGGCCACGUCCUGCGCCGCCGAGGCCGCCAGCCCGUCGGGGCCCCUGCGCGAGCGCGGCCAGGCCACCCCCACGCCCACCUCGCAGUUCGUCUUCAGCUUCCCGGUGUCGGUGGGCGUGCACGCGGCCCCCAGCAGCCUGCCCUACCUGCACAGCCCCAUCACCACCUCCCCCAGCUGCUAGGGCCGCGCGGGGAGCCCCCGAACCAGGGGCCUUCAGCGACAGCCGGGACUGACCGGCCGGGGACAGGCCCCCAGGCCCCUGCCGUCACCUGUCCUCGGCCGGCCGGCCACCGGGCCGCCAGAAUGGCAAUAAGGACUCUGCAGACCUAUUCACCGCCGACAGAGGAGCCCUCCGACUUCCAGCAAUAACGCCGCCGCCGGGCGGGGGAGACCUGGGCGUGGUGUGUGUGUCCCUGUGACCUGGCGGAUGGGAAUCUCUUACCUCAUUUUUCUAAGCAGUAAGGCUUGAAGUUCGGAAACCCACAGGUCCUGGCCAAUGUGCCCACGCAGUUUUACGAAAGGGCGGGGGAGGGGGGAGGCGGGACAAGAAGAAAACGAGUUGCCCGAAGUGCCUGGUUCUGUGUGCUUGGCCCUUUCUGUGGUUGAGGUUACAGGGACUUUUCUCUAAAGGAGUCUUCGAGGACCUGGUUUUCCCUUCUAAGUCACAAACAGGUGAAUAAUUCUGCUUCAUAAUAAAUAAAAGUAUUUAUUAAGAGCUU